CUCUUUGCUUGGCGAGGCGACUAUCUUACCAUUAAAAGUAUCUCCAGCAACGCCUUACUUUACAUAUUAUUACAAUACCAGCGUUGCUUUGCAAGCUUGAUGGCACUGUGUAGGAGAAAACAGAUACCAUUGGUAGCGACAUUGGAACAUUGCAAUAGGUUAUCAUUGUAAACCCGUUUCGUGCUUGCUUUUAGUGGCGCCGACGGUCCCUCGCGGGGCGACAACGGCAGCGGCGUGCGGCCAUCAUCGGGCUACUCAGCCGUCGACGUGGCAGGAUGACCAGCACAGGCUCUGAACAGUUGCGAACCUUCUGGGUCCAGGUUCCGGAGGCUCAGGCGCGACUAAUCGCCUCGGCGGCGCUUCUUACUGCGCUGCAAUGCCGCGGCGCUGGUUAUCUAGCCUUACAACCUCUGACACGAUCCUUUACAAAUCGCUUAGCUCAACGUUGCGGACAGCAGCUGUGUUGCGCGCAUGGCCGGCCGUCGUUACCGACAUCAACCGCGAGCAGCAGCUCAUUGCUCGCGAAUAGCGCUUCACCCGGCGCAGCAAGCAGCGAAGCUCAGGCGCUUCAUCGAUGGUCUUGCCGCGCCUCUGGAAGCGGGGCCGCUCAGAACAACACCUCAAUCCACGGCAAUGCCAGUGCCGCGGUCCGCCCCGCAAACAGGGGCAGCAGCGCUGCAAGUAGCCCCAGCUGCAACGGCGUAGUCCAAUCUCCCCAAAAGCCCAGCUCGGUGUUUGGUUGGUCGCACAGCGCAACUCCAGCAUCUCGACAUCCCGCAACAUCAUCCUCUCCAUGGGUGCCCUCCACUCCACACCUUCCUUCCACACUCCGGCCUCGCAUUUCUGCACCUGGAACAGCCACCCCUUCCGCCUUCCGCUCAUUCGCCGCCUCCGCCGUCCGCAUUACACCGCCAAACCCCAACCUCUCCGCUGCAGCUACCACAGCCGCAGCCUCCGCUUCCGCCGCUGUCGCAGCCGCCGCGCGCUGCACGCGCACCGGCUGGCUCGCAUCCCAGACCUACCUAGCUAAUGUACGACAUGCCGUACAAAAAUCCGUACUUGAAUCCAUGGCGCCGUACAAUUGGAUCUCCUCCUCCAGCACGAUGAGCUGGGGUGCGCUGUUUAAGCUGUACAAGCAGUCCUACGCUUGGCUGCCGUACGCCUCCUGGGGGUUACUUCCCGGUGUACGGCGGUUGCACUUCUUCCUGCUCAGCGCCAUCAACGUGUUUGCCAACAACCUGCCGGUGACGCUGGCGCUGACGGUGGCGGAGCUGUACCGCAGCUCCAGGACCUCCCAUGCCGACGCCUUCCGCUUCUACCUGGAGGUGCCGCCCUCCAGCCCCGAGGACCAGCAGCCCUGGUGGCAGGCGCUGCCGCUACAGAUGGCCAGUCUGCUGUCCAGCCUGGCUCGCUCGCUGUGGCUGCUGCUGCUGUUCGCCCCGGUGCUGCUGAGUGCCCCUGUGGCACUGCAGCUGCAGUUCAGGAGGGCGGAGUGGAUCGAGCUGCUGCGGAGGACGCUGGAGGCGGCGGGUCCUGCCUUCAUCAAGUGGGGCCAGUGGGCUGCCACCCGCCACGACCUCUUCCCGCCCGACAUGUGUUCGGAGCUGGAGCGGCUGCACACGCAGGCCCCCGCCCACAGGUUCCGCCACACCCAGGCCGCCAUUGAGUCCGCCUUCGGCCUGCCGCUGACCCAGCUCUUCGCCCACAUCGACACCGCCCCGGUGGCCAGCGGCUCUAUUGGACAGAUCCACCGGGCGGUGCUCAGCGAGCAGGGCGGGGCCAUGACAGGCAUCCCCCCCGGCACCACCGUCGCCGUCAAGGUCCGGCACCCUGGAGUUGACUCCGCCAUCCUGCGCGACUUUGCGGUGAUGAUGGCGGUGGCGCACCUGGCCUCGCUGCUGCCUUCGCUGCAGCACCUGCGGCUGGAGCAGACGUUGUCGCAGUUCGCGGCGCCGCUGAGGGAGCAGGUGGACCUAUCCCGCGAGGCCGCCAACCUGCGCCGCUUCAACCACAACUUCCGCAAAACCCGGCACGUCUCCUUCCCCGUGCCGCUCUACCCGCUGGUCACCCCCGACGUGCUGGUGGAGACGUACGAGACGGGCGAGCACAUCACCAGCUACAUCCAGUCGGAACACAACCCGUACAACCACAGGCUGUCCGAGCUGGGUAGCGGCACCAUGCUUCAGAUGAUGCUGGUUGACAACCUGAUCCACUCCGACCUGCACCCGGGCAACAUACUGGUUCGGCUGGACCCGCCCGCCGGGCUGCUGGGGCUCAUCUACAGCGGAUUGGACCGGCUGCGCUCCCUCCCCUCCGUCGCCGCCGCCACCCGAGCCCGCAUCGAGCUGCUGCAGCAGCGCUGGCUGCAGCCCUCCCUGGUGCUGCUGGAUGUGGGGAUGGCUACGGAGCUGUCGCCCACCGACCAAACCAACAUGGUGGGGCUGUUCCGCUCCUUCGCCGCCAUGGACGGCCGCGCGUGUGGGGACUGGACCCUGCGCUUCUCAGGCGCCUCCCAGUCCUGUCCCGACCCCGAGGCCUUCCGUGCCGCCAUGCAAGCCACCUUCGACGAGCUACACAAGAUGGACCUGGCAGCGGCGGAUGCAGCGGCAGCGGCGGGGCAGGGUGGUGGCGGCGAGGGCGGCUCCUCCUCAUGCGCCUUCAAGAACGGGGCGGAGGCGCUGGCGUCAGUGCUGGAGCUGGUGCGGCUGCAUCAGGUGAGCCUUCCCGGCCACAUCUGCGCGGUGGUGGUGACCACGCUGGUGUUGGAGGGGUGGAGCAACAAACUGGACCCCGACCACUCUGUGCUGACACAGGUUCAAGCCAUGUUUGAGCCGGAGAACGUGCCCUGGUCGCACCGCAUCGCGCAGCUGGUUGACCGGGUGAUGCAGGAGGAGGGCAACCACUUUGCGCUGGCGUGAAGCGUGAAGGGAAUGAGCAAUGAGGAGGGUGGGGGUUGAAGAAGGGUGAAGGGGAGCUGCUGGAGAUGUUGACAGGACUGUGGAUUGAAACGAUAGGGUAUUGUAGUAUGGAUGGGGGAGGAGAAAGAAGAAGAGGUUGUGAUGGGGGUUGGAUAUGUGGGAUGGAUAGAUUCGCGCAGGGUUAAAAGAAAUAAGAUCACGUAGCUUCGUGGGGAAGGGGUGGAAGUUUGUGCCAAAGAGUGAGGGGAAGCGGGAGAGCCAUGCUUGAUUGGAUAGGGAGGAGCAAGGAGGUGGGAGGGCAGCGGAUGGCAACGAGGCAAGCGGUAUUCAGGGAUCGCGCAUCGCAGCAUCGUUGCCUGGGGGUUGGGCUCAUUGGGGUAAAACGUAAUACCCAUUAAGGUCGUGUGGGGAACAAGGAGAGGGCAAGGAAGGGGGUGAACGCUGGAAAACGCGGCGCCUGUGGAGUUUAGUGGGUAGGGGUAAGGGCAGAAGCCCAAAGGGGCGAUUAACGCAGGGGGGUACACCGCGGCAGGAUGGCACUUAGCAAACUGUUUGGGAGGGUUUCCCUGUUGAGAUUGUUAGGUACCGGUAGUUGAAUCCGAGCUAGGCUCGCGCUGGGAGUACAUUGAAUGGUUUGGAUGUCGGAAAUUUUGCAGCCGCGCCAGCAUUGCUUUCAGCUUGUUAGGUUACGGCCUGUUGGGCCAUGUAGGCCGUGUGCGAAAGCGAUUGUUAGGAACGGCAGGACUUGUUCCUCUUGCUUCCAUGCCUGAUUUUGGAACGGCAGACCACGGGAGGGAGGUAUGAGGCGCCUUCAGUUAAAAAUCGAUUCCGGCAGUGCUGUUUCUUCCUACUGCGGGCACUUUCGCGCCAUGGGUUUGUUUGUGGGGAAAGGAAGUUCGAGCCAAGCGCGCGCGUGCGUGUGUGUUUAGGUUUGUGUGCGGUUGCGUUCACAUGCUGCUGGGAUGCGUUUCGCGCGCGGGAGCGGUUCAAGGAGAGUGGCGAUCUGCGGACAGCAUGGCAUAUGUCCCGGCCGGCCGCCGAAAGCGGCGGUAACCUAAGAAGAGGAUUUGCAGGAACAGGAUACCCGCCUC